AUGCUGAAGCUGCGAGGUGAGAACGAAGCCGCGCAGCUCGCCCUUCGGCGUGCCCGCGUCCCGGUCCCCGUGCCCAGAUCCGCGGCCCCCGACGUGUCACCAGCUUCCGCCCGCCUGGGUCUUGCCUGCCUGCUGCUGCUGCUGCUCCUGACUCUGCCGGCCCGUGUAGACACGUCCUGGUGGUACAUAGGGGCACUGGGAGCCCGAGUGAUCUGUGACAACAUCCCCGGUCUGGUGAGCCGGCAGCGGCAGUUGUGCCAGCGCUACCCAGACAUCAUGCGCUCAGUAGGUGAAGGUGCCCGGGAGUGGAUCCGAGAGUGUCAGCACCAGUUCCGCCAUCACCGCUGGAAUUGCACCACACUGGACCGGGACCACACUGUCUUUGGCCGUGCCAUGCUCAGAAGCAGCCGGGAGGCAGCGUUUGUCUAUGCUAUCUCAUCAGCAGGAGUGGUCCAUGCUAUCACUCGGGCCUGCAGCCAGGGUGAGCUGAGUGUGUGCAGCUGUGACCCAUAUACCCGUGGUCGGCACCAUGAUCAACGAGGGGACUUUGACUGGGGUGGCUGUAGUGACAACAUCCACUAUGGUGUCCGCUUUGCCAAGGCUUUUGUGGAUGCCAAAGAGAAGAGGCUUAAGGAUGCCCGGGCCCUCAUGAACUUACACAACAACCGCUGCGGUCGCACGGCUGUACGGCGAUUUCUGAAGCUGGAGUGCAAGUGUCACGGUGUGAGUGGCUCCUGUACUCUGCGCACCUGCUGGAGGGCACUCUCAGACUUCCGCCGCACUGGUGACUACCUGAGGAAGCGAUAUGACGGGGCUGUGCAGGUGACGGCCACGCAGGAUGGGGCCAAUUUCACAGCAGCUCGCCAAGGCUAUCGCCAUGCCACCCGAACUGAUCUUGUCUACUUUGACAACUCCCCUGACUACUGUGUGUUGGACAAGGCUGCAGGUUCCCUAGGUACCGCAGGCCGUGUCUGCAGCAAGACUUCUAAAGGAACAGAUGGGUGUGAAAUCAUGUGUUGCGGCCGAGGGUAUGACACAACUCGGGUUACCCGUGUUACCCAGUGUGAAUGCAAAUUCCACUGGUGCUGUGCUGUGCGGUGCAAGGAGUGCAGAAACACUGUGGAUGUCCACACGUGCAAGGCCCCGAAGAAGGCAGAGUGGCUGGACCAGACCUGAACACACAGAUACCUCAUUCUUCCCUCCACUUCAAGCCUCUGACUCAAAAGCACAAGAUCCUUGCAUGCACACCUUCCUCCACCCUCAAUCCUGGGCUGCUACAGCUUCUGUCAUGGACUUGGAGAGUGAUCCAGAGGGACCCCAAUGUCCUGGCUGGUCCCUUAGCCCUAGGGAGGCGUUGAUAGGGCACGGGUAUAGGAGACUGAGGGGCUCCCUGAUGGUCCAUCUGGAGGUUUGAAGGGAGAGUAGAAGAGUCUGUCUUCAGAGUGAUUUGAGUUGCACUAAGUCAAGGCUCAUUCUCCCCUUUGCUUGCACUGACUUCUGAUACUCUUUGGGUAUGCAACAGGAAGGGAACCUGGAGUUAGCUUCCGUGUUUGAUCCUACUCUGCCUAAAGAUAGAUAGGCCAGAGAUAAAACUCCCUUCACUGGAGACUGUAUGUGCAGACACUCUUCGCUGUAGUAUUCUGCUGAACCCCUGACAUAGCUAGAUGAGUUAGCAGCAUUGAACAAGGCUCCACCCAUGCUUGUACGCAGCUUAUAAAUUUGGUGAGGAGGAAAAUCACAAUACUGUACAGAUAUAUAUUCUCUGUGUCUCCCUUUCUACCUACAUCAGACAGCAGCAGAUGCUCACUGGCUGCCUGUUCAGAGUGAGGUGGCUUGCAGUGGUUCAAACUCUUAGCAGACCAUUAGAGUCCCAGAACAGGACUGUGAGAGAGUAACAUAGUAAGCCUGGCUAGGCCUUGGGUCUUUCUCCAUCUAUUAUUCUGGAGAUUUUGUAGGUUUGGAAAAGACUAACUAAAAGGCAGGUAACCCAUGGGAGAGAGUAAGCACACCCGCUCUCAGGGCUACAUGAGGAGCAGUGUAUACUAGGAAGACAGAGACCUCUCAUUACAUUAGUUCUUGAGGAGAGGAUCUGCAGCGUUGAGGGAGGAACAAAGCUAGUAGCUGGAUAGAGAGAGCUGGUGCUGAAGCGUGGUGGGUAAACAUCUUAUAAGGCAGUAGCCUCUUCUCAUUUACUCAGCAACUCUUUAUUUUGUGAUUUACCAAAUCCUACUGAUAACUAUUGCCCAUUCCAUGAUCGACUUAAACAGAGAAGGGGCCUCUCUCUGCUACUAACCAUUGCCUAACCAGGGUAUGCAGGAGUGGAGUCUCCAAAGACAGCAGGCAUGAUGACAUGGGGGUUUGAAACCUUGGUGGCCUAGUUUUAUGUGACCUAGACAAUGGUCAUUUUCUUGCCUACUGAUAAACAGGAAUAGUAUGGAAAUCCACAGUUAUGACAGACUUAGGUCUAAUCCCAGCUACUUCCUAUUUUUUAAUUUUCAGCAGGGUCUUUAAAUUCUCCUGGUCCAUUUUGUUAUCUGUAAAGUGAGGGUGAUACUGAAAUCUAACUGUGUCCUAAACUCCAGCCAAUGAUACACGUUGUCAAUGCUUCUGACUAGUCAAGUAUAUCCUCCUUCUCGAGGACCUUCUGAUUUAGGGCUGUCUGGUCUUGACAACAGACUAGAUUAAGAGGCUUUCAGAAGGAAUUCUGGAUAUAGUUCCUCUCUCAUCUCAGGUUCCUCGUCAUCCAGUCGGACUCUCAGAUGUUUGUGGAGCAACUUCAUUCUGCCCAGGCAGCAGGAGGCUAGGGGGUGGGGGGGGGGUGGGCAUAGCUCUGGCCACAGAGGCAGAUUUAUUUGGAUGAUAGGACUAAUAUUUGUGUAACCUGCUGAGACCUGUGUGGGAGAGUUUAGUGUGGUUUUUCUUUUGGUGAGGGGAUUUGCUCCGGUUUCACAUCCAUUAACACAAAACAUGAGCUAGUCAGGGCCCUUGUGGUCUGUGGUGAGGGGAUGACUGGAGAAGCGGGACUGAGUGAGUCAGGCAGAGGGAAUGUCUUCCUUGCAGAGUAGAGUCAACUGGAUAACUGAUGAGCCAGUGGUGGGGUCAGGGAGGGGGGCAGAGGGGGAGAGGGACUUCUUUUGGAAGAUGGGAGCUUUGGAGUGGGGGUGAGAACAUCCAAGUUACUACAUUAGUGAUGGCAUUGGCCUUCUAUGGGGAGCCAGCCUGAGGUAGAUCUACCUGUGCUGUAUUCUCUUUGAGUCUGGGUUCUUAGUUGUGGUAGACAUCUGUGACAUCUCAUAUGACUCCACGAUUACCCCAGGGGCUCCAAAUUCUAGCUGAUAAAGAUAUACAACCACUUAUAAAUGGGUCAGAGAGAAAUAGCUGUCCAGGGAGUGAGAAGUUUAUAAAGUGAGGUGUUUAUGUGAGAGAAAAGAUGUCUGUCUGAGUCCUGCUACGGAAGCUGUGUGGCCCCAAGAAGGAAUGAUGACCAAACGAUUCAUUUUUCCUCAGAACUUAGCUCAUCUCUGCAUUCCAACUGGCUUUAGACAACUGGCGUUCAUUCUGCGCUAUACAAACAGAAACUGAUUUAUUUGGAACAAGCAACAAAACAAGAACUUUACUCAGUGCUGGGACUCCACAUAAUUCUGCUGCUACCCCUCAUCUUCUCCAAAGGCCCCCUCUUCUGUCUAGUCUCUAGAUGGUAGAGGUUUGUCACCCACCAGCAGUGUCUUAACUUCCUCCUCAGUUCCCUUCUCGCUUGUUGGCCUGUAUUUCAUUUAUCUUUUGGUAAACAUUUAGGACAGUGUAUUUUAAUAAGAGCUAUUUGGAUACAAA